CCCAGCCACUCGCGAUUGUCAAUUACCAAUUGGUACCAAUAGAUAAAGUGCCAUGGAUACAAAGUACACGCUCAUUUAAUCCUCAACCCGCAUUCUCCAUUCGUCAAUUCAACCUUCGAAAGCCUUCUCACUUCCAUCUCACCUCAUCACAAACACCAUUCUUACAAUUCGUCUCUUAGUAGCUAAUUGCUUUUCGUCUCAACGUACCUAAUCAUCCCAUACUCCGAUAAUAUUCACCCACAAUCUAAGUUCACCAACUCCAAAUCAGACAAAAUGGUCCUCAAGCGCAAGCGUUCCGAAUCCGAGCUCUCCUUCAGCUCCUCCAGCGCCUUCAGCUCGCCCACUCGCCUAGACCAAUUCUCAGCAAUGGACAUCGACACCUCGCCCAUCCGCAUGUCUUCUUCGUCGCGGAGCUCGACGCCCGCACAUCUGCACAGCCGAACCCUAAAGCGGUUCCGCGACAGCCGGCCCUCGGACGAGGAGAUCCACCAACGAACCCUGAACAUGCUGUACACGGCGCAGAAACAACACAUCGCGCACCAGACCCAGCAGCAGCACUUCCAACUAACCCACAACGCCCUCGCCGCGCAGCCGCCUCGUCCCCAAGCCCAGGUCCAAGCACAGGCCUCGCUCCACAACUUCUGGAAACUCCCUACCAGCAGCGCGGCUCCGGCCAGCGUACCCGGCACCACCACGCUAGCUCUCAUCGACCACGCCGCGUACAGCGAAGGGCCCGCCAACUGCGAGGACUGCGGGCAGACGCUGCGCGAGGGAGGAGGAAGCGGGGACGAGGCGAUGGACGUCGACGGUUUCGGGGCGGAGAGUAGCACGGGGUGUGGGUCCUGCGGCAAGCAUGUUUGCUCGCAUUGCUCGAUCACGAAUUUGGGCGAGCAGCGGAGGUGUUUGAUUUGUGCUGGGAAGAAGGUCUGGGUUGGGGGGCUUGGGUGGGCUGGGAUUCAGAGUUUGAAGGUUUGUUGAUUGUAAUGUGAAAAAGAUGAGUGGCCUGGUAAGGGGACUUGUGAAAAGAGGUCAUUGUUGGUUGGGAAGCUUUAAAGAAGUAUUGGCAUUGAAGGGUAAGCAAGGAGUUUGGGCGAACACGUGGGGAUAUAUAUGUCUUUCGGGUACAGCAUUCGGAUGCUGGUUGUUACUAGUUCCUAAUGCGAGGCUUUAUGUUGUAUAACAAGAACAACUCUUGCUGGAUAGAUGUGAACCUGAUAUGAGAGGUUCAAAAAGAAUUCAUAUAGUACCAGCUGUUCUUCUGCCCCUAAACUCUAGACUAGGGUGAACGUAUCGGAACCAUGAAGUUCUCCAUAUGUUAUAUUGCUGAGGGAAUAUAACAUACAUUGAGAGUUCAAGGGGAGCCAAUGGCGGUCCCAUUAUAUAUUAUAUGAACAAG